UGUCUCUCUGUCAAAUUCAUAAAUCUUUAAAAAAAUUAUUAGCACCAAUUUUAUCAUUGACCCUUAUAUGCUAUAAUACCAGUUUUAAAGGCAAGCUCAUAAGGAUCACCAAAAUUACAGUUUGUAUUUCCUAGCCUGUAUAUACAUAAGCAUUUCAUUCUUACUAGAACUGUGGAACAGCUAUAUACAAACUCAAAAUAUUUUUAUCAUACUUCUUGAGAUGUACACAUUCUACUAACACUCUUAACCUUCAGCUUACUAGCAAGGAUGUACAGGAAAAGAAAUUAUGGUUGGCCCUCUUUUCCUUUCCUUCAAUAGCUUCAUUUUAGUGUUAGUAAUUGGCUAAUAUUGGGAAGAAACACAAGUAAAAAAGGAUAUGCUAGGAUUGCUUGGACAUUCAUGCUUCUUAGAACACCACCGCCUUAUUUUUGCAUUCAUAGUAAGUUCCGAUUGGUAAGGAGAGAUUGGUAAAACAGUCCUUCGUACUGUCUGUGCCCUCCCAUCCCUUCCUUUACUAUCCAGUCUCAUUCUUUGUCACCCGUAUCUUACCCUAAGCUUCGCACCUCAUCUGAACCUACCCGCAUCACUUCAGUCUUCUCUGGUUGGCCCUUGUCUUCUGUGCUCAUGGGGCAUUACCUCAUUCGGAAAGCCUGGCUAAUAGAAAGUGCUCAAGAAAUUUAGGGAAUAUUAUUAAUAUUAAAAAUAAUAAAAAGUGUAUCUCCCGUGUGAUUAUUGAAGGACCAUGUGAAUGAGCUGAGUAUUUGUUGAAAGAACAGAUGGAUGGGACCUCGCUUCUAUCACUUUCAGCAACUCUCCAGGUCAGAGGAUUUAAAAAAAGCUUGUCGAGGGAAAAUCUGAGAAAAGCUGCAUUUUAGAUGACGCCGAGAACGUAAUUCAUUUUCUCUCCCGCCCCAAGCUGAAGCAACCUCCUUCCUCUCAGCCUUACCCCAGCGCCGGGGGUGAGCGCAUCGAUGAGCGCAGGCUGCGCUCGGCUAGUUGGGGCUGGAGCGCUUCAUCCCGGAAGUGGCUUGAAGGCCGUUGAGUCCGCGUCGUUUCCCUAGCUCGGCGGGGUCGCUGGGGUGCUGCUGCCGACAUGGCCGACCCCGACCUCCGCUACCCCUGCUCCUCCAUCGAGGAUGAUUUCAACUAUGGCAGCUGCGUGGCCUCGGCCAGUGUGCACAUCCGAAUGGCCUUUCUAAGAAAAGUCUACAGCAUCCUUUCUCUGCAAGUUCUCUUAACUACAGUGACAGCUGCUUUUUUUUUAUACUUUGAGUCUAUACGGACAGUUGUACAUGAAAGUCCUGCCUUAAUUUUGGUGUUUGCCCUUGGAUCUUUGAGUUUGAUUUUAGUAUUGACUGUAAACAGACAUAAGCAUCCCCUUAACCUGUACCUGCUUUUUGGAUUUACGCUAUUCGAAGCGCUGACUGUGGCCUUUGUUGUUACUUUCUAUGAUGUAUAUAUUGUUCUGCAAGCGUUUAUACUGACUACUGCUGUAUUUCUUGGUUUGACUAUGUAUACUCUGCAAUCUAAGAGAGAUUUCAGCAAAUUUGGAGCAGGACUGUUUGCUGUUUUAUGGAUUUUGUGCUUGUCAGGAAUCUUGAAGUUAUUUUUCUAUAGUCAAACAAUGGAGUUGGUCUUGGCUGCCACGGGAGCCCUUCUUUUCUGUGGAUUCAUCAUCUAUGACACACACUCAUUGAUGCAUAGGCUGUCACCUGAAGAGUAUGUAUUAGCUGCCAUCAGCCUCUACUUGGAUGUCAUCAACCUCUUCAUGCAUGUGUUGCGGUUUUUGGAAGCAAUUAAUAAAAAGUGAUUGAAAGCAGUAUGUGGAAACAUUAUAUGUGGAUUCAUUAAUAAAGGUUGAGAUAAAAUUAAC